GGAAAGACAGCAGUCAACCACAAAAGAAAGGAAAGGAAAGGAAAGGGAACCCCACUAGUUCCACUUGUUCAUUUGUUUUUGGCUCAAAAUACAUUAGUUUUCUGCAACAGCUUCAUCUCCGUUUCUCUCUCUAGCUAGCUAGCAAGCUAGGAUUUUGUGUCUUUGCCAGUUGGACAAAUGUUUGUUGGAUCGCACACAAACCAAAACUUCUUAGCUGCCCAACCAAAACCCUCAACUUAAAAAUUUCUUUGCCUUUUUCUACAAAAUAAUGGAAUUUAUAGAGCCACAUAGUAGUAGUAAUAGAAGUAAUAAUGGUGUUAGUAGCUCCGAGCACCACCGUCCAACGCCGCCACAAGCUCAAGAGGCGCCGCCGUCUUCUCUCCAGCUGGUUUCAUCACACCAAAGUCAACCACCUGACCCUCCUGGCCCAGCCACAAGAACCCCCACCCACCCCCUUCUCUCUCCGCCUUCUAAGUUGGUAAAGAAAGCGUCGUCCAAGGACCGGCACACGAAGGUGGAGGGGCGAGGGCGGCGGAUUAGGAUGCCGGCGUUGUGCGCCGCCAGGGUGUUUCAGCUCACUAGAGAAUUGGGUCAUAAGUCCGAUGGGGAGACCAUAGAGUGGCUCUUGCAUCAAGCCGAGCCGGCUAUUAUAGCCGCCACGGGGACGGGUACUAUUCCCGCUAAUUUCUCCACUCUCAACGUGUCUUUACGCGGCGGCGGGACUACGGUUUCGGCUCCGCCCUUUAUCCACGGCGGCGCCGCCGCUAUGUUGGGCUUCCACCGCCACGGAGAUAACGAAGCGGGGUCAGAUCCGAAACCCGGCCCCUCCACCUUCAUUCCAGCUCCGGCCAUGUGGGCGGUGGCAGCGCCGGCGGCCGGAAACGCCGGGAAUUCCUUCUGGAUGCUUCCCCUGAGCGGCGGAGGUACAAGCGGGACCCCCACCUCCGGCUGUGUAGCUCAGCCGGAGCAACACCACUUGUGGCAGUACAAGGCACCAGGCGGCGGAUUCGAGUUCCCCGGCGGCGGAGGCGCCCGGUUCAGUCCGGUUCAAUUAAGCCCCGUGCAGCCGGUUCAGCAGCUAGGACUGGGCGUAUCAGAGACCAACUUGGGAAUGCUGCCCUCUCCCGCCAUUAACGCCGCCGCGUACACCACUAAGAGGGUUGAUUUGGGCAUGACUUUGGAACAACAUCAACAUCAUGGCCGCCAUCAUAAUAAUCAGAACCACCAGCCUCAAGGCAGUGACAGUGGAGGUGAAAAUCCCAAAGAUUCUGAAUGACAAUGUCAAUGUCCUGGGAUAUAUUCCCAUUUAAUUUCUUAAUUUUCAGUCCAAAGAAUCUAAGUAGAAUUCGAAUGUAUGACCACUAAUUUAGAAUGGUAACCAGAAUACCAUCACAUAAUUACAUGGUAGUUGGCAAUUGAUUGUUUUUAUUAUUGUUAUAUUUUGAAGUUGAGUGUUGGUACUUAGAGAUAAGGUUUGAGAUAGAUGGGAGCAGCAUUUAGUUAAGGUUGGUUGAUGGGUAUGCUUUUUGGCAUGUUUGGGGAGCAAGCUAAGCAUGUAGAAUGGUUUGAAUUGGUAAUUGAUGGGAUUUUUGGAUUCUUCAUGGAGGCAAACAUAAAGAAAGAAUCCUAGAUGUCCUAUGUCUGAUAAUUUGAGAGUGUACGUCACUCUGGCUUUCAAAUCAAUUGUAUAUAAUGGAGGAAAUGAGGGAUUGAUGCUUUACCAUUA